CUUCCAUCUCUAAAGUUUAGGAUAUUUAAAAAUAGCAUGCAUUUACCCUAUCACAACAAAUGCAGGCAGGUUUGCAGAGACAUUGGCAUGAUAUUUCCUGUCUAACCCGGAAACGCUUCCAAACGCACAAAAGCCUCCAGUUAGCUUAUCCUGAUUUAGCAUUUUCGCUUAUUUUGUCAAUCAAAUAAAGGAAUGAAAUAUUAAGUUAUAUUUGUAUCUGAUCAGAGUCAGAGCGCAAAGUUAACGUUACUCAUUUCAAAGGUCUGUGUUCAUGCUCUCUCCUCUUUCUGCCUCCAGUAACGUGAUUCAUGAUUCAUCGGUUUUAUCAGUGUUAAACAGCUGUUUAGGAGGUCAUGGACAAAGAUGUGAAGGCAGGCGUCUCCUCUGGCGUAGCUGCAGAAGCGGUGGCAGGACCUCUGGUGUCCCAGAGCCGAUCCGAGGAUGAGGUGUCCACCGCUGUGAAGAGGAGCGCCCCUCAGGCCUUCAGCGGAGCCGGGAUGAUUCCCAAACGCAGGAGCUCCUCCAGAUCAAUAAAGAGAAAGAAGUUUGACGAUGAACUGGUUGAGAGUAGCCUUGCGAAAUCUACCAGUCGUGUCAAAGGUCAGCCAGUCAUCGAGCCAAUCAGAUUCCCUGGGACUGACCUUGGAUCCAGUGAUAAGAAGAAGGGUUUAAAGUCUGGGAGCUCUCUUACGCCACCCCUGACCAUGAUGAUCGCGCCUUCGUCGAUGACCAAACGAAUGAAGAGAAACAAGCAGCCGUUACAGAUCACCAAAGACCUGGGCCGCUGGAAACCCACUGAUGACCUUCUGCUCAUCAAUGCUAUUUUACAGACCACAGAUCUAACAUCAGUUCACCUGGGAGUCAAAUUCAGCUGUCGCUUCACGCUGCGGGAGAUUCAGGAGCGCUGGUACGCUCUGCUGUAUGACCCUGUCAUAUCAAAGUUGGCGUGGCAGUCCAUGCGACAGCUGCAUCCAGAGGCUAUCGCUGCUAUUCAGAGUAAAGCUCUCUUCAGUCAGGCAGAGGAAGCCCUGCUCGCUAAGAUCACCUCAAGCAGUCAGCCUAAGCUGGAGGUUUUUCAAGAUUUGCUCAACAAGCACCCGGAUGUGUUUUACCCAUCACGCACUGCUAAGAAUCUGAUGGUGCACUGGCAGCUGCUCAAGCAGUACUAUCUGCUGGAGGACCAGAGCGUUCAACCUCUGCCUAAAGGAGAGCAAGUGCUGAACUUCUCUGAUGCCGAGCAGGUGGUUGAUGACGCCAAACUCAAGGACAGCAGAGAUGAAGUCUUAGAGCACGAGCUGAUGAUUGCAGAUAGACAUCAGAAGCGUGAGAUCAGACAGCUGGAGCAGGAGCUUCCUCGCUGGCAGGUGUUAGUGGACAGCAUCACAGGCAUGAAUUCACCAGACUUUGAUAAUCAGACUCUGGCAGCUUUACGUGGACGAAUGGUCAGAUAUCUGAUGAGAUCUAGAGAGAUCACACUAGGACGUGCUACUAAAGACAAGCAGAUAGAUGUAGACCUGUCUUUGGAGGGACCUGCAUGGAAGAUCUCCAGAAGACAAGGGAUCAUCAAACUGAAGAAUAAUGGAGAUUUCUUCAUCGCUAAUGAAGGCCGAAGACCCAUUUACAUUGACGGUCGACCAGUUUUGUCUGGAAACAAGUGGAAACUUAACAACAACUCUGUGAUGGAGAUUGCAGGUCUACGCUUCGUGUUCCUGAUCAAUCAGGAGUUGAUUUCUCUCAUUAAAGCUGAAGCUGCCAAGAUGAAUCAGCCAUGAUGCUGAAGUCACCAGUUCACGAGCUGUCAAACACCAUUCAGUCCGACAGCAACGCAGCCAAACAAGGCUGUACUGUUUACCUCCAAGGAGAGUCAUAUACUGGAGACCUUUCAGCACAAGAUUACAGUGGCUCUCAUUACAACAACUGAGCCGAGGUCUGACUGGAAGAAGAAAUCAUUUGGAGAGGAAUUGGACAUUUUUUAUGCCUGUUAUUUAAGGCACAUUGGGACAGAAAUAACUGAAUGUUUGUGUGCGUGUGAAUGUAGAUUUGAUUUUUAUUUUUUUGCUUUUUUGUAUUGUUACUGUUUUGUUGAUUUACACAUUGUUUAUACUUAAAACACAGUAACCUUGUAUUGUCUCAUCAAAGACAGUUUGCUAAGAUUCUGCAAUGACAGAAAUAGUGUAAAUAUAUUGAUAAAGAGGUGUUUCACUGUGUCUGUGUAUUGUAAGGCAUUGUAUGUUUGUCGUUGACUUUAGCAACCACUAAAGAUUUUCGUGUUAGAGUGCUGAACUUUGCAUGCAUCACUUUGGCCCUUGACAUGAACUAAUGUUGCAAACCCAGAGUACAAACCCAGGAUACAAGUAACCGACAAUGCAUAACAGUACAUUUAUAAUAAAGCUUCAGAUCUAA